CAUUGACAAAGGGGGUCAAAAGGUAAUUCUUACUGCGAACUACUCUGCUGGUUUGUCUGACUUCGCCUCAUUUCUGUCUUACAUAUUCAACAUGUCGUACGGUUUUCAACCGUUUCAAACACAGAAUCGAAGCCGGGUCGCAGUGGUAAAAACGAAAUUUUGCUUUCUUCGUUUAUUUUGUGCUGUUAAGUAAAGUUUAAGACGUUUAGCGCACUGUUUUAUACCAAUUAGUGAAUUAUGAUGAUAUAUAUGUAGACCGAAUGUUAACGUUGUGUUCAAGGGUAUUUCUUCUGUUCAGGUGACUGGAGGUAACAAAGGUGUUGGGUAUUCUGUCGUCAAAAAACUGUUGAAGAAAUUUCGUGGAGUCGUGUAUUUGACAGGUUGGUAGAGUUUAAGAAAAUGUUAAUUGGCCUGUAUGUGUAAAUUGCCCACGUCAACAAACCGUAAUUUCUUGCAAUAAAUACUCAGCCAUCUGACGCAGUAUUCUGACUCACGACGCGUGUUUUGCAGCGCAUAUUGAACUGUUAUGUUUGUACAAGGCAUUCUCGCUUGAAUACAUCUAAACACUUCAUCUUUUCCCAUUGUGUGCGUAAGAUCAGACUUUCAAUUUAAUUGAUAAAUUUCUGAUGACAGAUUUAUACGCAAAACGUUUUGAACUGUAAAUCACAUUAAAACUGUAUAUAAGCCCUGACUGCCUACGAUUUGCAAAUUGUAAUGAUAUCUAGAUAGUUGUAUAUGAUUGUUGUUUCUGUUGGGAAAAGUGUUUGGGGGGAACAUGCAGACGCUUGUAAUUACAUGAAGACUUGCAACAGAGAUAGUUGCAGGGUCAUUGCAGGGCGUCUUUCACAUGAAUGAAAGCAAACUGUGUUAUUUGCACAGUGUAUGUUUCUGCUUAAUAAAGUCGAAACAUGUCAAACUAACAGAUAGCUUGGUUUCGAUAACCAGUACAGAUAUAUGUAUAUAGUUCUUAGAGUUUUAGUAUUCCUUUAUACAACAAUAAUGCCCACCCAAAUAACGACAGUAUAACAAAGCCGUAAUAGACAGAGACAAUAGAUAAAGGCGUAAUACGAGGCGUGUCGUUUUCAAUGUUUAUUCCCUUCACGUAGCAUCAAUGCAGUCUUUGUACGACUGUAUGGUUUGCAAGGAGAACUGUUUUGAAAGUGUUAUGAUUAUUUCACAUUACGUCUGUUGUGUGCACGUAACAUGAGACGUUGUCACAUUUCAACAUAGCUGCAUUCGUGAAACACGCACAGGAAUCUCACGGCUUUACACUGUGUGCAACAUACCAUGAAGUUUUUACAUAUCAUCUGUCAACUGCAGAAUAGAGAGAAACGAUAACCUUGUAUAUCUAAUAAGACAGAGCGACAUAUCAUAGUGUUGUGACUAAAAAUUGGACAAUUUAACCUUAAAUAGAGAAAUUAUGACUGUUUAUGUUAAGAAUAUAGUUAAACCCUUAUUUCUCGUGUAAAUAAUAUUGUCAUUACAAUUUGCCGCCACUUCUCAAUUGUUUGCAUUUGUAAUAAUCACACUGUUCAUCAAAACAAACCAUGUUGCUCAGAGGAGAUCGUGCUGUUUCCUAACUUGUCAAUGAAACCAGCUCAUGUCGCCCCUCUCCAAUUGUUUGCAACCACAUACAUGCUAUACUGUUUGAUGGUCGCGAAAAAAUCAAGUUUUGCUUUAUAGCAAUGAUGUUGGAUUAAGCAGAUUUUCAUCAGUGUGCCUUGCAGAGUUUUUGUUUGAUAACAGAGCCAAUUAUAUACUUCUGUAUGUGUGUUUUAUAUAUUAACCACUUAUAGUGCACUAUAUUCGCUAACAUAAUUAAGCAUACAAACUUUAACAUGUAUUAACUGUGUAUAUAUGUGUAGAAACCAAUUUUGCGCAUACACAUGUAUCUAUUACAGUAGAGGUUGGUUGGUAUAUCUUGGCGUGCGUGACGGCUACUGCUGAGUAUCAAUGCACUGGGUCAUAAAUCACCAUUUAGAAAUUAAACUUUAGGUCAAAUGGUAUAUAACCCAUUGCGUACAACUGCACUGCAUCAAAAUUGAAUAUUGUUCUGUUAUAAUGAUAACAAAACAAUAUUCAAUUUUGAUGCAGUGCAGUUGUACGCAUACAGCAGUGCAUGUGUUUAGCAGUUUCCACACGUUUGUUACUCUUGCUCUUUUGUCUGGGUCAGCCGGUCAGGAUUAGAGUCAGCAAUCAUAAACAGCAAGACAAGACACUAUAGUUCUUGUAACACGAGUACAUUUGAUUUAACCAAAAUAUUUCAAUACUGCUGAAUACAGCAUGCAGAAUAUUUUGGCUGCAGAGCCUCGUUUUCGUGCACGUGACAUUAGUUAAGGCCUGAUUCCACGAGCGCUUUUUGUCGGCGAAAUAUUUCGCCUGUUUCUUUUGAAUUGCGACCACUCGAAUAAAUUAUUUCUACUUGAUUGCUCACAAUUCAAAAGAAACAGGCGAAAUAUUUCGCAUUUCGCUGACAAAAAGCGCUCGUGGAAUCAGGGCUUUAGAGAGACAGUUCGAGCAAGACAACGAACUACGAAGACGUACUUGACAAUUUUUGCCCGUCUGCACAUUAUCUUGCACAUACUGAACUUGGGGUCACUGCUGACUGCUCAACGUGUCUUGACCCUAAUCCUAAUUACUCAGCAAAACAUGAAGCUCUAUCCCAUCUUUGCUCUUGUGCCUUCGUUUAGAACAAAGUUCACGACGAAUUUUGUCAAAAUAUUUCUUUCUGAACGAAGGCAGGAUAUGGUUUUCAUUUCUCGAUGUUUUGUCUGGGUCAGCCUGAGGUCAGGGUGAGGAUCAUGUCAGAAACAGCAAGACAUGAAUCUUUAAAUAUAAACCUGUCUUCGUUGAACAAACAUUGCUGACCCCAACUCAAUAUGCGCAAGAUAAUGCGCAGAGGGCCAAACAAGGUCAAGUACGUACUUUCCGGAAGCGUGUAUUGUCUGCUUAUUGACAUGUAAUUCAAUACACAAUUCACAUUUUCAAAGAAAAAGUCUAUAUAUGGUCUGGAGAUAAAUAAAUAAAUAGAGAUGUAAAAUUCAUACAAAUUAAGAAGAUAUAGAUAGUUUAUAAGAAUUAAAACCUUAACUCCUUUUUCAACCGGAUUGUUUUCCUUUGGAACAAUCUUCCUGUUCAUCCUCGAAUGUACUUCAUACACAAUCGUUUUGCCCACUAUAUAUAGCUAUUUUUCCAAACUUAAAUCGACGUUUCAUGUAAAUAGAAUGCGUUCUUCUGCAUAGAGUGGGAUUUUAAAACUAUAAUUAUUACAGCUUGUACCAACAUAAUGGUAACUGCGAAGAAAGAUACACUUUUCAGUCAUCAUCACGAACAACUUGAGCGACUUAUAACAUGUCAAAAAAAGAACUAUGAAACGGCAAACAAAAUAACUAUAACUAUCUAGACAGAAUUUGUCUCUCACGUUUCUCCACAGAUUUUACUUCAACACAGAUCCUUUUAAGAGUGACUUUUUUCAAAUAUAGCUCGUCACGAGGAGAAAGGUUUGGCAGCAUGUGAACAUCUAAAGAAAGAAGGAUUACAUGCACCAAAGUUUUACCAACUAGAUAUUACUAACAGGGAACAGAUUAUGGAGUUUCGACAGCAUCUUCAGAAAACAUAUGGUGGCAUUGAUAUACUGGUUAACUAUGCUUCAGUACCUCACAAGGUAGAGAUAUCCUUCUAUAAUUCCUGGCUAUAAUUCCUUCUAUAAUUACUCGAGAGUAAAAGACCCGGAAAUAAGUUGAUGCUUUAUUUCCUUUCUGUCUCAGUCCAUUUCUUCUUUCAUUAUCUCACGGGCUUAAAAGUAACAAAGCACACAGCAGAGAUUUUUUUGUCAGCGAGGAAUUCAGGUAUUUCAGAGUUUCUACUGUAUAUCUUUAUCUGUUCUUUUCUGUAUCCAUGUGUUUUUACCUGCUCCCAAUCGUUCAUUUAAUUAGUCCUCCAGUUACAAGACAAGAUAAAACAAAACAUUUAUUAGCAACCAUGAAUUACAGUAGGUUAAAUUAGUUUCAUCGUUAUAUGGGUUCUAUCUGCCUGAUAUAAUAAUAAUUAAAAAGUGCUAAAUGAAUCAGCUAAACUCCUCGUCGUUCUUUAACACUAUUUUCUUUCGGGCAUUACGGGACGUCUUGCCACGUCUGCAGCCAAUCAUAUUGCGAGAUUCACCAAAACAAACACUUGCCAUAUUUAAACAUAGGCGUGUAGAGCUGAUACUUUCCGGGGCCAGUUUAAAGUUUGCCACGAAUUUGUUAAAAGUUUGCCCGUAUUUCUCUUAAACUUUCAAGACGAUUCGUUGUUGAACAGCAACACAGUACUCAAGUCAUUUUCCAUUUUUUUAAACCUUCAAGACGUCUACAGGAGAUGUCGAUGACGAAGAAGACGAACACGAAGGUGAGCACGAUGGUGAACAACAAGAUGGCGGCGAAGGAAAUGUUGAGAAGAAACCUGAGAGUGAAAAGAAAAAUGGACCCGAAGAAAAUACUGUGAAGCAAGAAAUACAAGUGAAGAUAGAAGUAAAAACAGACGUUGGAGAGAAAAAAGAACUAACUCAAGAGGAAAAGGUCGCAGACGAACGACGACGUUUGGCAGAAAGUUAUCGAAAGCACAAAAUUGAGAGUAAUCCACCAGAAGAAUACUGGGUACCGGUAAGGAAAUGUUUAUAAUACAAUCGGUUGUAUAAACCUUUAAGUACUUUUAUGUACUAGUUUUUGUAGGCUAGGGGGGUCCAGGGCCAUGCACGCUCUCCCGGAAAAAGUUUGAAAUCUAGAGUUCCUGAAAUGCGAUUUCAAGCAUUUUGGGGGUGCGAUUUUCGAAAGUAUAUCAUACCACCCCAUUUCUUCACGGAUUUAGACUUCCCAAGAGAAUAGUUUUAAUUGUGGCCGAAUUUGGGCGGUCGUCAUCAUGCCUUGCCUACGCCUCUACCGGUAAACAAGUAAAAAUAAUUCGUUGAUAUAUGUAUGUAAUCUGACAUAUUCUUCGACUAUCACGUGAUAUUAUCUUUUCCUACCACCCCUUGAGAAAUAUUUAAAGUUUACUGAUAUCAUUUCGUACUUUAUUUCAUGCACUAGCGCUGAAAUUAUAUUAUUUUUGUUUUGUUUAGAAAGUUGAAGUCGAUCCUGUUAUUGCGCAUGCUGAACUAACCAUGAAGACAAAUGUCAUCGGAACUUUAAACGUUAUCCACUGUUUUCUACCAUUAUUUCGAGCACACGGGAGGUAGGAAAGACGCUAAUAAUUUUCAUUUUUCCAGAAGAAAAUAUUUUAAAGAAAGCCUGAAACUUUUUUCCAAAUUAUUCCUGGGUCUCAGGAAUUUAGAAGUAGUUAGAGCUAUUAAUAGUAGUUUGUAUACAACUAUUUCAGUUAAGGUUGUCCACGAGCAAAGCGGAAAAGUCGAAUACGAGCGCGAAAGGUUGCUGGGGAUCGCUAAAAAUUUAAUGAGUUUCAAUGGUGUCAAGUAACGAAGUAAAUGUACUUCGUUACUGUACUUGAGUACUAUUUUUGAGAAGUGAUCAUGUAACAAAGUAAACUUUUUCUGGAGUCGUUUUAAGAAGUGACGUUUUACUUCGUUAUUUUUAUUUUGUGGCGAAGUAUUUCGUUACUUUCUAACUUUUGUUUAAUUUUACGUGAUUUAUUUCUGAUUUAUUUUAAUUUUGGGAUAGGUAAUAGGACCUCAACAUGCGUCUGGGAUCUUUCGUUUGUGGCUUACUUAUAAGUAUAAUUUAUUUAAUGGAUUUCUUAUAUCUUCAACGGGGUCUGCAAUAAUGGUCCUAAUAUUGUAUAUUAGGUGCAUGCACGCAUAUAAUGCGUGUGUUGUUUUGUGUCUUUUGUAUGUCAAUCCAUUGGAGAAGUCCCCCCCCCCCUUACACGCUACAGACAAUAGUACUUUUACUUUUUACUUUAAGUAGUUUUUUAAGGAUACUUUGUACUUUUUACUUAAGUACGUUUUGCCUCCAGUACUUUUUAUUCUUACUCAAGUCGUUUUAUUGUUCUACUUUUACUCAAGUACAAAUUCAAAGUAAUUUAGGCACCACUGAAUUGAGUUUUCAGAGCGAUUCCCAGCAGCCUUUCGCGCUCGUAUUCGCUUUUCCGCUUUGCUUGUGGACAACGCUGAAAACUUGCUGUUGCGCAGAUGAUGCUAAUUUGGCUGUAUUUUCCUGUAGCGCAUGCAAUUUCCCGCAAGUGACUAAUUGUAAGACAAGUAAACGUCACGCAAACCUGUAAUAUAUAUUAACCUACUUCUAGCAAAUAAAUUGUUCUUCACUCGGACUCUGCAUGUUGUGGGUAUGUUAGUCUAACAAGCAGUGUGAUCGGCGCGUUACAUUUGGUGAACACGCCCGAUAAAUCUAUAAAAUCAGAGAUGGUCACAGGAAUGCGCAACCGCAAAUUGAAAUCCACGCACGCUACAUCAGCGUAAGAAACGAUUUAAAUAAACUGGCGAGUUUUCUUUAUAAGGCACGAAAAACAGUUCAUGGGUACGAGGUCGCAGUCGAAAAAGAUAAAUCACGAUUCUUCCAACAAUACUUAUCCUUUGCCUUUGUAGGAUAAUAAAUAUUUCCUCCAGUCUUGGAGUGCUAUCUUCAAUCUCAAAUGAAGAACUAAGAGAAAAAUUUGCAAGUACAUAUCUUUUGGAGAGCGAAUUGAUGGAUAUUUUGAAAACGUACAUCACGUAAGUCAGUUGGAAAGUUAUUGGAUCAUAUUUAUAGGAAAUAGGCAGAGCACGGAAUGAACACAUGAGCCUAUUGGGCCGUGAAACGUUCAGCGAAAUAAAAUUUGAGAUAUACUUUUGGACCUAUAACGGCUUUGGUUACUAAAGGAAUAUGCCAAUAAAAAUUUAGUUUGUCUCAUUUGAAAUAACUUUUGAAGUUAUGGGCAAAACAUUUUUACAGCUUCUUCAAUAUUUCGACUGAAAUCAUCAUAUAAAAUCAAUAAGUUAUCCGCCAUCUUGGAUUAUUGUGGACAUGCAUGUUACGUCACAAGCAGGGUCACGCAUAUAUUUUACCCUGCAGAUAUGCAAUGGUCAUUAUGAGCCCAAAAUUAUACUUCAGUCACUACUUGAAAUACCAAAGUGACUGACAACAUUUUAAGCAUCUACUAAAUGUUAUUUGGAGACCCGAGAGUGGUUUUAUAUGCAUGCUAACCCUGCUUUUGACGUCACCAAAACCACCGUUAAUAAGAUCAAAAACUAACCUUUGAGUCAAAAUAAUUCAAGUAAGCAAGAUAUGAAAAAUUGGUAAUUGAAAGCAGUUUUAUGUGUGAUUUUUAAAGAUCAAAUGAAACAAACUUCAUUUUUAUUACCAUAUCAAGUAUAUUAACACGUAGUAUAUAUGUAUUUGAUUGAUAUUAAAUUAUUUUUCUACCGUAUUGUAGUGACGUCAAGAACGAUAAAACCGAAGAAAGGGGAUGGCCGAAAAACGGUAAGAUGACCGAGUAUAAUGACAUAUUUCUAUUGCAGGAUCGAUCAUUACAUCCUGCAAUUACAAUUUUAAUAAAAUAUAUGGCUGACCGACAUAACCACGUUAUUAAAGGUGCGAUAGUGCCAGACUCGUCCCCAGUCGUUAUUUGAAUUUAAAUUUAGCGUGAUAUUUUAUAGGGACGAAUAGCCCACUCUUGUAUUCAGCUAGCUAGUCUUCAGCCGCCUGACAAUUGCCUGAAUAUUGUUCAAUAUAGAAAAGAAAUGCUAAUAAAGACGAAUUAUAAAAUAAUAUAACAUCUACAAGUAUUUAUAUUGAAAAGCGACUGGGGACGAGUCUGCGGUACUGCAGUGUCCGUUCGCUCGUAGCAGCUUUGUUUACAUUUUUUGUAUCCAAAUAAUGAACGUUAUAAACGAAGUUGUCACAACUAUAUAUAUAUUAUCCUGCUUUCAGAGUAAAAUAAAUCAUCAAGGUAGCAUAAUUAGGCUUUGCUACAACAUAGAACCUAGUAAAACUGUUACAAUCUGGACUGUACCGCGGAAAAACGUCUGCGCAUGAGUGGGCACAAAAAACAAAUAUAGCACAUGGACACAAACACCGCGGAAAAACGUCUGCGCAUGCACCAAAUUAUGAAAAUAUGGCGGGGAAUUUGAAUAUCAAUUUCUAAAACAAAAACAUGCUUAUUAAUUGGUCAAAAAUUAGUAAAACAAACGAGAAAAUAUAGCAAAUGGGUAGACUAGACAUUAAUUGAAAGCGUCCUGGCAUUUAAAGUAUGGAAUGAAAUAUAAUUCAUGUAAAAAAUUGUUGAUUUUAACGCACACGACUUCGAAAAUUUUUGCAAAAUUAUUCAAAACAAAAAUUCAAACUCAAAAGUUAAGAAAACUCUCGAAAAGUUAAGCUUCUUAACCCACUCAAAUUGUAGAAUAAAUCCUAAAGUUUAAUUAUUGUGAACACGCAAAUUUUUUAUAUUUGGCAACACAGUUUUUUUUAAAGAAAUGUAUCUCAAACGAAAAUUCGGAAAUUGUCAUUGCUUAGUUGAUAAACAAAAUGUUUCAGACGAUAAAUUUGUCAACAAUCACCUUUAGUUCAUGUUCUUGUACAAUACAAUUUCUUGAACCUUCUGGCUGUAUUUAUUCCUAGUUUUUAGAAUGACAUGUUUAUUUUUGCACUCGAAAUGUGGCUGUAAAGACGCACAAUGAAGUCACUCCUUUUUACCGCCAUUUUGAGCCUUCGGAAACAUUCGGAACAGCUUCUCAUCAAGUUCGCAAUACUAUUACAGGUAAGGUUGACGCAUGCGCAGACGUUUUUCCGCGGUGUUCUCAAAGAGUGGAGGUUCAAUCCAAGCUUCCCUCGAGUGUCAAUGCUGUUUUCGAAGAGUUGGAGGGUGAGUAUAGGCACAUCGUAAGGUACGACACUUCCUCCAACUAUUUAAAAACAGCAUUGAGUGUGAGUGAGCUUUUAGAAUACAGGCGUUAGAGUCAAAACUCCCAGUCAUGGUAGUAUUAUUGGUAUAGUAGUUAAUUUUACUGGAGAAAAUGUUAAAUGCAUGAGGUCAUAAAGGACUGAGCCGACUAUGAUUCCUAAUUGCUUUCGCUUUUUUUCAUGCAGACAUUUUCCAGGCAAAUUUCAAAUAAUUUUUGCGCUUUGCGGUCCUGGGUACACAAAAAAGUAAUAAUGGAAUUCUCUGCGUAGUUCUGAGUUUUUCCUUGUUAUGUUUCACUGUGCUUACACGUUUCUUGCUGUUUCCAGUGUGGGUAUUGUCAAAACUAGCAAUGAAUUUAAUGACAAGAAUAUUGGCGCGAGAUCACAAAUAUGACGAAAGGAAAGACCUUCUCAUUACUUCGGUAAGUACAACUGAUCUCUUAUGGACAACUGAAUCACAGCAAGCUGGUAUUUGGCAGAUUUGCACAGUAAUGCAAAUUCUAUAUAAGAUGAGGACGGUAUACAAUUUUCAGUUAAUGCAGUUUUCCCAGUUUAACGCGAAACCAAAGAGCGGAAUUUUAGGCUUGUUUUCAUUUGGUCAUGAUUGUCGUAAUCCCAAGGUUGCUUGCGUAUUCGUAAUACAGUGUCCAUUGAAAUCGAUAGAUUCCACAAACUAAUUCACAAUGGCGAUCGUGAAUUGUCCAAGACAGCGACGACUAACCAGGCAUUAUUCUACUAUUAUUAUAUCAGAUAUAGUGAUAUUCACUGACCUAAUGAGGCUAGAAUAUUAACUGAUCACCGUUUAAAUUUUCAGUGUUGCCCAGAUCUCUCAGAAGAUUUAACUCCACUGACCGCUGACCAAGGUACGUGGAUGCUAUAGUUGCCAGAUCGUAGAGCUUCGUAGACUUUCGCAACGUUCACAUUCUAUGCUUAUAUUUUUUAACUGACAAGAACUAAUACCCUGCAAGGCUCUAUAUAAUAACACGAUCAUUACUACCAUAUUGUAGGCGCAGAAACUCCUCUUUAUUUGGCACUUUUGUCAAAAGGCGAGAAGAACUUACAUGGCAAGAUCUUUAAAGACAAGAAAAUAAUGGAAUGGGAAUGAAAAUUGUGUUGCGUAACGAGUAACGACUUAGUAAGCUGUCGAUUUUUUACCAAUAAAUGAGUAGAUACAGUAAUGGAUUGGGUUUUUAUUGUGAGACAAAUGAGCCCAAGACCAAUAUUUUACUGAAAUAGGUAGUGUACAAACAAUUAGGAACAUUUUCGAGAUAUAAUCAUAAAAUACUAUACAGUAGGCGAUAUGUUGUUUUCUUUUGUAAGUUGUAACGUAUUUUCUUGAAAAUAUACUGUCGUAUAGACUAUGUUUACCCAGAGCAGUAGCUGUUUGGUUGUUUUUAAAAUUUGAAUGCGUUGCUUUAUAUUGCCAGUACAGUACAGCCAGUAGAACAUUUCCUUUUUGGGUUUUUCUACAGGCAAAAUUAGGAACAGUUUUUAAAAUAGAUGUGUUGUUAGAAUGCACACUUUUUUGGAAUAACAUUAGUUCUCUAUUAGCAUCGUAAUCGUAUAUGACACUCGCAUGUUAUAUAUAUCUUAAAAAUAUAAUUGAUCAUUUUUAAUUACUAAUUAUUCAUUUAUCUUCAGAUUGUGAUUCAUUAAAAAACACAUUCAUGGUAUUCUGAAAGACUGUUUCGGCCAAUUCAGAAAUUUCCAGCUCCUUGACAGCAGCAAGAACUUCUAAAACUUGACUACAAAAAUAAAAAAAAGAAAAGAUGCAUUAUUCAUAAGAAAAUUUUAAUUCUUGC